UGCUGGGGUUUUCCUGACGUGGACAUACAGGUACAUUGAUAAUUGACUGAUUGAUGCAUUGUGUUUUCUAGCAGUUAAUAAUGUCAGUGGUCCUUAAACUGGCCAUUGUCUUGUUCAUUGCUUUACCGGGGGUCACCAGUAUAUAUAAAUAUGCUUAUAAUGCUGGUAGUGAUGAUGAGAACAAUGAUGGAGUACCCGAUUCUCUUGACCUUAACAGAGAUGGUAAGCUUGAUCACCCAGGGUGCCCACACAACAAAGCAGCACCAGUCUUGAACCCAGCCUUACUACAAACUAGAGAUGAACCAUAUAGAGACCUGGCCAACACAAGUGCCAGUCUCCUUCAGGGAAAUUUAGGAAUACGACCACUGCUGAUUUUGAAUCAAUAUGAUGUUCAAUAUGAGGCAUUUGUACAUCAAAUACGAACAUAUGGAGAUAGACCCUUUGACUAUUUAACAAAUGAAGUUCAAGGGCAAAGAGGUUUUUUCAAUCUACCAUUUGGACAAACAUGGAAGAGUUAUCGACAGAUUAUCAUGAGGUACUACUCCAACAAUGUUAUACGCCAGCCAAUUGGAUUUGAGCAAUCAAUAAAGGCUGAACUUGACUAUUUAAGGGGAAUAUUAAAGACUGGUGCUAAAUUGGAUAUCAGUCAAGUCUUAGCCAGACCUUUACUGAGAAACUUCUUUUUUAUGAUAUUUGGCACAAGUUUUACUGACUUCACAGAUGAUAUUGACAAGAAAAUAAUCCCUCUCUUUGUGACAUCUCUAACACUUCGCCCAAAAGUAAUAGAUGCAGACUGGGAGCCAAAGAAAAGAGAAACAGAACCUGUGAAACUUUAUAUUGAGAACACAAAGAAGAUUCUGUCAGUGCUGAAAACUAUGAUCCAGGCACAUUUCAUGAAAAAGCCAAAUGGGAUUGGAAAUGCACUAGCAGACAAACUGAGAAAGAAUAUACAACAACGCUUAGAGGCAAAGGGAGAGGACACAUGCACAUUUGAUGAGCUCACAGCUGUAAUAUGGGACCUCCUGCAAUUAACAGUUCCUGGGAUAAUUAGAAAUCUCAACUGGUAUUUCUUAUAUAUGCUCAACUAUCCAGCAGUUCAGAGUAAAGUACAAUCUGAGAUAGAUCAGUACCUAAAAGGAAGAGCAGCAAAUGGCCAAGAUCAACUGAACCAUAUCUUGCCUUAUACAGAAGGUAGCAUACUGGAAGUGUUACGUAUCAGUCCACACACAGCAAUCAAGCGACGAACCAAUGCACCAUCUUGUCUCCAUGGUUACAACAUCCCCUCUAAUAUCACUGUAGUGCCCAACCUAUGGAAAGUAAGCAAUGACCCACAUUUAUGGGAAAAGCCUGAAGAGUAUCGCCCAGAACGUUUCCAAGAUGGGAUAAGAUUUGGCACACCAGCAGCAUUUGUACCUUUCUCUAUUGGGUUAAGACGUUGUCCAGGUGAGGCUGUGGCCAAAAUGUGGAUGUUCCUGUAUGUAACACCCCUACUACAGGAGUUCAAAUUCAUUCCUGAGGCAAUUGAUGGUUCACCUCCACCAUUAGAGUCACUACCAAGGCGUCUUUUUGAUCUGAUCACCCCUGUACCAUAUAAACUGAUAGCCCAGAUGAGAUAAUUCCAAGAGAAAAUGAAUUUUAAGAAUACAGUCUAUAAUCUAUGCUGAAUUACAUGUACUUCUAUUCCAAGUGAUCAUUGAUUUAAUUGAGUCUAAUAAAUAUAGGUAUAAAUCACCUUAAUAAGUAUUUCGUUGUGAUCAUUAUUUUAAGAUUGACAGCAGCAAUAUACGCUAGUCCUGCAUACUAGAAAUACCACUACCACUUUGUAACAAGUUGUAGCUCGUGUGAAGAGGG